ACUUCCAGUCGCCAUCUCGACCUUCGUAGUUUGCGUUUGGUAGUAAUAAAAUGGACAAUAAAGAAGAUUAUCUUGAUGCUCUGACAGGUCCUUUUUUGUUUGUUUGUACACCCUUUUUGGAUUAUUAAACUUCGUAUUUAUCUAAAUAAAUUUCAGAAACAACAAUGAAGUCAGUGUAUUUUAAGCUGCUGCUACUGAUAUUUAACAUGUACAUUUUUAAAUUUUUUUAGCUUACUCGAGGAACCCAACGCCGGAAAUACCCCCGAUUCUUGAACAGUAUUUGAACGGAGUAGCAAAAAAUGGAGAAACCCUGUAAGUUUUUGUAGUAGUGCUUAUUAAAAUGGCUAGGCCUGCCACUGCUACAAUAAGAAAUGAAAAAUGAACAGCCUAAUUAUAAUUUAUAGACCUAUGCCGAAGGCGAAGCCUAAUCCCCCUUUAGUUUUUAUUUAUGUGGUGUAGUUCAUUUUUACAACACAUCCUAAAUCCUAAGAAUUAAAACUUAUUUCUAAAAUAAACGACCGGAAUGUCAUAUCCUUAGCCUUAAACUGCUAAUAAAUUAAUAAAGUUUAUGAAGGUGUAUUAAAUUCAUUAAAAGAAAAUUUUACCAGUUGACAAUGACAAAAAUGCCAUGCUUCUUAAAUAUUCUGUUUUAAAGAUACACAUUGACAUUACACCUUAUUCACAUCAUGUGCUUAGUUGUACAGAAAUAUAAAGUCCACUAAAAAAAUAAUCAAAUUGUAAAAACACUGGUGCCCAAUGCCCCGCUCUCCAUAAAUAAAUCACAAGAUGAAUUUUUCGGACUCUUUAUUAUUAUAGAAAUUCAUGUCCAUGUUUUUAACAUUUGAAAUUAUAUCUAAAUUAUUGUUGGGCAACUUUGACACAUUUUUUUUUGUUCUACCUAGGGAAUUUUUGAGAAGGUAAAAAGUAGAAAAUAUUUAAAUUUUAAAAGCUAAUUGCCUAGCUUAUUUAAAAACUCUAAAUUAUGAGAUAAGUCUAUUAAAAAAAAAAAGGAAAGUACUAGUGGAGUCUAAAUUUUCAAUAAUUGGCAUAUGACUCGGCACUAAUUUAAAUUAUAGGCCUCAUUGUUAUAUAAUGUUAUGGCAUGGACUGGGACCAUUUAAAACUGGUCAUUGGCGGGAGGCUGCAUGGGCAUGGAUUUUAUAAUUAUUGUUUUUGCUCUUUUAACUUUAUUUUAUUUAUCCUUAUGAUACAUGACAUUGAGCCAACUUAGUUUUUUUUAAUGGGAAUAUUAGCAGUCACAGAAAAAAUGUUUUAUAGUAUAUUAAAGAGUAUAACCCUACCCAUCUAUGAUGCACCCCCACCCCCAAACUUUUUCAUUAAAGUUCUAAAAUGUCAUGUUCACUUAAAAUGCAAUCUGUUUAUCUUGUUCCAUAACAUGACUUUUCCCCGAAACAUAAGGUUAUAACCUAUUAUGGCCUAUAAAACACUAACUUCAAUAACUUUAUCGAGACAGACAGUAUUUAUUUUUUAAAUUUUAAUUCAGUUCAGUGUUAGUGUAACUUACAGGAAUUACUAGAGGUAGCUUAAUUAACCUGUGCACUAUCGUUAAUAACUUUGAGAUGGCUAUCAUCUGAAUACAGUUUUUAUAAAACUGCUUUUCAUUUUCAUUUAUGUAAAAAUUGAAAACUUGAUGAAAAUCAGAUAUUAAAUUAAAGAUAAAGAAGCUAGUUUUAUUCAAAGGAUUUAAUUUUUAACCAAGAAGAAAACAUGUUAGAGUGCUCAUGCAGCAAGGGGGAGCGCAUUCAUAAAUUUUUCUUGUUUCUAGACCUAUAGAUUGUUUUCCUGGUAAUAUAAAAAAAAUGUGAAUUCCUAACUUAUCAUUUUUUACACUAUGUUUCUCACAUUAUAUACAGUUACCUAGGUAAAUGUUUUUUCUAUAUUGCUAUACUGAAUUUUGUAUUCCAAAGUUAAUUUCCCUUUUUUUUCCUUCAAGUUUUCAUUGGCAACUCCUUAAGCCACUUAUUGUUGGAAAGAUGGAGAAAGUCAUUGGGGAAUUAAAAAAAGGACUAAGCUCUGAGAUCAUCCCCACCAGACCAAAUGUGGAAAACGUGCGUUUUGAAGUUAUGCAUGGGCGAAUUAUGGAAUCACUGCAAAAAUUCAAUGGGUGAGUAAUUAAAAAAUUGAAUGAUUUGGAUUGUGUUAAACCUUUUAUUGGUUAAAAAAAGGGCAGCACCAAUGAUCCCUUCUAAGAUGUGCUGCUUUUCUUUUAAUGUUUAUUAUUAUUUAUUUUUAUUUUAUUUAAGACUUUGAGCACUACAUUUUGAUCAUAAUUUUCAAACCCAUUAGUUAUAAAUUUCUAUGUAUUAUUGUUUCUUAUUUUGUCUUGUCUUCUGAAGAAGACAUUUAGCAGAAAUGUCCUUGUAAUUGUCCAGUUUUAUUUUUCAAGCAUAAACAUAUCUUGUUGCACUAUUUAUUUACAUUUCCUGCCACCAGAUGCUUUCAAAAGUUGUACCUUUCUAGUGUCUCUUGAAUAAAAUUUAGAAAAACUGUCUAACGCACUGAGAGAGUGACAGCAAGGAUUUCACAACCUUAUUUUAAUUUUAUUACACAGCACUUAGAUAGAUUUUUAAAAAUAUUUUACAAAAAAUCCAUUAAAUAUCCAAAUUAUUGUCAAUAUAUUAUCAAUGAUAUUAUAUUUGUGAACAUCUGUAUGUAAACAAAUAAAUUAUUAUUUGCUUGGUGCAUGCUGUAAAGUAGAACUAUUUUAUUUGAGUAUGCAAAAACAGACCAUUAAGUUAAAAAAUAAAUAUAAAUUCCACCAAUUUGAUUUCAUAACAAUAAAUAGAUGUGUUACUUGGAAUUAUUUCCCAUUCUUGUCUUGAAUUAGAAAAACAGUUGUUUUUGCUUUUUCUGACUCCAAAAUCCAGAGUGAAUUAAUUUAUGAAGAAUUUUUCACUGCUUCAUUUCAGUGCUCCAUUUACAAUUCAAAGGUUAUGUGAACUACUUAUUGAUCCAAAGCAACACUACAAACGUAGCGAUAAGUUCAUGAGAGGACUGGAAAAGGUAAAGAAGUCUUUGUCAAAAUUUUUUUAAUUUAAGGUGGUUAUUUUUCUUUUAGGCUUCAUCCAUACAACACAUAUUCAUUGAUGGGGGUGGGGUGGAGACUUGUUCGUAUUUGUUAAUUUAGCAUACAGGUACAAGUGGGUAGAGAAAAAUAAACAUAGAAAAAUGUCAGUAUUUUCAAUUUGUAAUGAUAUGGAUAUUGACUACCUUAUGAACAGCCUAUUGGAUACAAAUUAUUUUUUUAAAGAAGUUUACACCCCAACAGUCAUCGUCGUUUCGCUCCCCCCCCCCCCCCCCCCCCCCCAUUAAAGUUUCCAAAGUAGCACUGAAGCUACAUAACGAAGACAUGUAUUUGAGACUUCGUUGGUUAAAUUAUUAACUCAGCUUUGCAAUUCUGAAAAAUAUUUAUGUAGCCAUGGUCUUACACAAACCGUUAAAAAUGAUUUGAUUUUUAUAUAAUUUUUUAUAUUAGAUGUAGAUAGCAUAACGUAACCUUUUGUUUCCCCAGAAUGUUUUGGUGGUCAGUACAGUUGAUCCGUUUGGAAAGUAUGUGAUCAUCAUUUUUUUCUUCUCCUUUUUCAUUUUUUUAAUCCGCAACAAUAAUAAGCAAUAGGUAAUGCUUUAGAGCUUUCAAAAUAUCUGUAUAUUCUAUCAACUCUAAUAGACAAUAGAAACAAUUAUAUUGUCCUUUAAACAUAUAGUGUGAUUUAUUUCAGGAAAAUUGUGUCAGAGUCUGUGAAUAAGCAUCUAGUCAAUGGCAUGGACACAAAUGGAUCUCCCUUUUUCCCCCGUGACUCAAAUAUUAGCUCCAAUUUGCCCCCUGUACCAGGAUGGGUAACUUCAGCAGUCACAGUUCCUCCACGAAAUACAAGUAGUCCAAAUUUGGGAUCUUUUGAAGAUCAGAAGCCGACGCAGGUGCACACUUAAAUUUUAUUUCACCUCACAUAUUCUACCUGAAUGUAAUUUAACAUAAUUUUCAAUUAAUUAAUUUUGUUUGAUGAAGAAUUAUUUUUCUCUUCUAAAUGAAUAUAGCUUAACUGAAUAUUUAAAAUUGUGUUGAAUUAGAUUAAUCAAGAAUUCUAAGACAUAUUUGUAAUUUUUUUUUUUAUAUCUGAAUAUUUCUUAAGGUGCCACCCCAGGAUGCUAACCUUACAACAAAUGGUGUCGCUAGUGGUUUAGUAAGCUCAUUGUACACUGAUAAUGGAGAGCAACCAUUGGCUGUCCAUGCUGAAGAAGUUGUUGAAGAAACAAUAGUAGGUUUUUCUUUUUAUGUACGGUUACAGACUUAUUAGGAUAUUUGUGAAUCUCUAGGUUUAAAAUAGCAAUUCUUUAACUUGUUCAUUCUGCAACUCAUCAGAUGAUUUAGUAAGCUAGGUGGCUUUACUUUAGUGGACUAGAAUUAUGAUUGGGAUUGUUUUAUAAGUCUUAAAUAAUUCUUAAUAAUUUUUUUAGGUAACAAUGGACCCAACUGAAGUUGGUCCUGUUGCAACAGAUGGUGGAGAAGCCAUGGCAGAAGAUGAAGAGGAAGAAGAAAUUGGAGGUGAUGACACGAAUGCCUCGUCCACUUCAUCAUCAUCUUCUUCUUCAGAAGAUCUAUCACCCUCUGAUGCAGGUAAAAGAACUGCUCACUCUUAUAAUUUCGGCAUACCAUGUAUGAUUUUGAGAUGUCUUUUACAUUUGAACUACAAAUUUAAGAGACGGGGUUUAAAAAAUAUAUUCCCAGUAAUUUUUCCGAUUUAAAAGAUGAAAAACAUUUUCAGUUGAUAGUUUCAACUUUUUUCCUCAUCUGGCGGUGAAUGAACAGAGAAAUGGAAUUGGUUGGGCACCAUCCAUAAUUAUACUAGGUACACACUGGGAGGACCAUAUGGUUGAUGUGGUAUUGACGUACGGGCGUAUAUAUGAGGGGGGUAGGAGGAGCAGUGAUGUCAUUUACCCCACCCCUUUCCUGAAUUUAUUAAGGAAUAGAAAUAUGCGUCUGUAUCUAGAACAGCAGAGAAAUCAAACAUAGCAAAAAUGAAAUAGAAAAAACACAUAAUAUUUGAAUGAAUUGCAUUCUUAACUGCUCUGCACAUUAGAUUUUGACAUAUAUUUUUUUUAUAAGAUCUAGAAAGCAGCUGUACAAUGUUAAUACCCCGGUUUGGUUCCAUAACUCCUUAUCCCAAUACAGCUUGCUAUAGGUAUUUGAGUAUAAUGUAUUAACGGAAAAUAAAAUAAAGCUUCUAGGAAGCCAAGGGCAAGGCACUUCCUUGCAUUUAAUUUUUUUUGUUGUUGUUAAAUUUCUAUGGAGGGGGGCUCACCCCUCCAUCCCCCUUCUUUCAGAUGACGGCACCAAACGCCAUCUACUUUGGGAAGGUGUCCAUAAGUUAGUGAAUAGUUCUACAAUCAGGAGCGUAGCUAAGGGUAGUACCACCCCAGGGCAACCCAAUAAUACCCCCCCCCCCCUUUUUUUUUUUUUACUGUUGCCAAAAUUGUCACCUUUGUAUAUAGAGGGGAAAAAAAUGGCAACUGUAUGUAUUUUUUAUUUAAUAUUUUGAUAGGAUAUUGUACGAUUUUGUUAUGGUGAAGUACUGUUCUAAAAUGAUAUUGCACUACUUUUGGAGUGAGUUCUGAGGGAAGAAUAACAAAAUGUCUCUUGAAUUUGAAUGUUUGAUGUAAUUAGCCAUUUUAAAUAAUAGUUUUGUAGUUUACCAUCACUUUUCAAGAGUUUCACACAUUGCAAUAUGUCCUUUUUCAUAGUAGAUACAGUAAUCAAACAAAAUAUUAAGUGGCAACAAUUAUUAAUUAACUCUCAUACUCUACAAAAAGAUUUCCAGAGACCAAAGGAGUUUAAAGAUAAUUUUAAUGGUCUAUGCUCCACUGGGAAUCAAAAAGAGGCUUUCAAAACACAUUUACUCAAGCAGUUAUUGGUGUUCAUAAUGUCCAGUUGGAUAAAUAAUUUUUGAUAUGAUGUAAAAGACUAGCGGUUCUCAACCUGUGGAUCACGAGUCUCGUCAAAGACCACCGGAAAACACAUAUACUCUACAUGUAUGACGUAGCAACAAAAAUAAUUUUUUCGUUGGGGUUAGCCACAACAUAAGGAACUUUAUUAAAGGGUUGCAGCAUUAGGUAUGUUGAGAACCACUGUAACAGACAGAACAUUUACCUUGAUAGCCACACAGCCCACUUUUUUCAGUUCACUCAAAAACACAUUUCUUUUAUUUUGAAAAAAUAUUAAUAAUUUAACGACAUAUUAAAAUAGCUAAAGGUGUGGUUUAAAUUGGACACACAUCAAAAUAUCAAUUUAUAUAUAUAUAUAUAUCAUUUAAUAUAUAUUUUGUAAUACUUAAAAAUAACUUUUGUAUCUUGAAUUCAGUGUUUCCCAUCAUGUGAUCAACUUUAUGUUAAAUGUAAAAUAAUGGCUAAUUCCUAUAACUCAUUACUAAAAGAAAAUAUAUUUGCAGUUGAAAGCACCACAGAAUCUAAAGAGCAAGUCAGUCCCAGGGACAGCAGCAUUCGACCGUGGGCUUCGAUUGCAAAUGUAGGAGAAAACAAAAAAGAGAUCAAUGCAAUUGUUGCAAACUCUGAAUCAAAUAGUGAGAAUUGCCCUGACGUUUGUACAUCAGAAUCCUCUAAACAGUUAACUCCAGCUAAAGCAUGUGCAGAUCUUGCAAGUCCAUCCCCACAACCAUCAGAUUCACUGGAUCAAAGUUUUGGUUUUGAGCCUACUGCUUUGAAAAAUAAAAAUGAAAAUAAAGAAAACCUAACUACUGAUAUAUCCCAACAAGUUUCAAAAAGUGUUGGUGUGGUUUCUUCCGAGUCAGCCGUUGCAGAUCAAGUGAAUCCUGACGCAGCCGAAGAGAUAUCUCCAGAAUCACAAAGUCAUGUUCGCACGUAUGCUGAGGUUGCGGCAUCAGCUUCAAGAAUUUCAGAAGUUGAACCAAUUCAUAACAGUGUAGCUGGCUUGGAGAGACUUGUGGACUCUGUGGAAACUAAGUCAUUACCAGCCAGGGUAAACAUCUCUCAGUCAUUGCCACUUAUCACUCAGUCAGACUCGCCUUCAUCAUCAUUGGACUCUGAUGAGCCAAGGGCAAAACGAUUCAAAUUUUCAAAUGAACCAUCAACCACAUCAGAAGUACCAGUAACUGAAUUGGUGGCUUCUUCUUCUGAAUUAUCAACUUUGGCAGAACCUGAUCUGCCCUUAUCUGACGGUCAUUCUCUCUCAUCAGACAUAACUACAUCUGUCUGUGAUGACAGAAGAUUAGCAGACACAACAAAUGGCGAUGCUGCACUGCCUGAUAUUGUUACAUCUAACCGAACGUCAGAACAAACGAUUGAAAAUCUUACAGAUGUAUCUUGCAGCUCAGAAGAUGCAGAAUCUCUAACUUCAUCUUCUGUUGAACUUGGUGGCGGGGAUACCGUUGGUCAGAGCAGAGAGGAUCUUACAUCUUCACCUCCAUCCCAUCUAUCAUCCUCGAGUGAUAGUCAGGGAUUUGAUGUUUGUGGAGAUACGUUAAGGAAGACAAAUGAAAAACAAGAUGAAUCUGUUUCUGAAGAAGAGAUCUCAUCUCAACCUUGAUAUAAAAAUAUCAUUACUUGUAUGUGUAAACAGAUGUUAUGUUGAUGGAAAAAGGAUUUAACCAAUGUCAAAGCUAGUAGUAUGUGAAAAUACAGACAAAAAUCUGUUUUGUAUUGGUAAGACAAAACCGUGAAAAUACAUGUCUGACGAGAGCAGGAGAAUUUAUGAAAGUGAUGUUUGUAAUUCCUCAGUUAGGAUGGUGCAAUAUUAUAAGUGGAUUAAUUUAUUCAAGAAUAUUGUUACCAGUUUUAAAAGAUAACUUUUCUUACAUUGAGACAAAGCAGAAAGACAAUCCAAACAUUUUUAAUUAGUGUGUUGUUGCCAGCAAAGCAUUUGGUGUGAAAAAUUCAUCCUGAAGAAAUUAAUACUUCUGCGUUUAGUUUGGCACAGUUAAAAAGGCAGCAGAAUAAUGUCUCCAGUGGGGUUAACGGUGCAAGUAAUUAUUUGGAAUUUUUAAAAUGGAUUAAGCAAUCUUAUUGCAUAAUUUAAUUUUGAGGAGGUCUUAACUUCAUAACAGGUAUGGUUUUAAUCUUAUUUUAUCCAGAGCACUUGUGACUUAAUCCCCAUUGGUUGAUUUAUUGCAUGGUCUAUUUGACCUUAUGAUUGCUAAGUUGUAUAUCUGGUCAAUUGAAUAAAAGUAAUAAAAUUCAAUUAAAAGUUUUUUUUAAUUUAGAAAUUAUCUAUAAUGCUUUGUGUUGAUUUCAUUUGAGGUCUGUUUAAUCAAAUGGUAACUUUAGUUUCCAACUCCCUCUUUCAUUUCAAGGCAUGAAUUUGUUUUAUUUUGAAGUGUGGUAUCAAAGUGUCCCAAAUGUUUGUGUAUUCUUCACUAUAUUCAGUUAAAACUAGUCCCUCAUCACAGAGGGAUUAAUC